AUGGACUUUAAAGAAAUCAAUGGCUUCUUUAAAAGUGCCAUGGAGGUGUCCAGCAACAGCAAACACGCAAAGAUGGAUGCGCGGAUGGAGCCUGUUCCAAGGGAUGUUCUGGGGAGCGUGACCAGAGACCAGGGCAGCCUUGGAGAGUGGGAGGCAGCAGGUUUGCUGUCCAUCUCUCAGAACAAAGUUGCAGCAUUGCUACUGGCUGGAGGCCAGGGGACCCGGCUGGGGGUCUCCUACCCCAAAGGCAUGUACGAUGUGGGAUUGCCCUCACACAAAACACUCUUUCAGAUCCAGGCCGAACGCAUAUUGAAGCUUCAGGAGCUGGCAGAGAAAAAGCACAAGACAAAGUGCUGUAUACCAUGGUAUAUCAUGACCAGCGGCAGGACAAUGGAAUCAACAAGGAACUUUUUCUCCCGUCAUAAUUAUUUUGGGUUGAACCAGAAAAGUGUGGUCUUCUUUCAACAGGGCAUGUUGCCUGCAAUGGACUAUAAUGGCAAAAUCAUCCUAGAAAACAAAGGGAAACUUUCCAUGGCCCCUGAUGGGAAUGGUGGUCUCUACCGAGCACUGGGUGGACAGGGAAUCCUACAGGACAUGCAGGAGAGGGGCAUUGAGUGUAUUCAUGUAUACUGUGUGGACAAUGUCCUCGUUAAAGUGGCAGAUCCCACCUUUAUUGGUUUCUGUGUGGAGAAAGGAGCAGACUGCGGAGCAAAGGUGGUAGAGAAGACCAACCCCACAGAGGCGGUGGGAGUGGUGUGUAAAGUUGACGGACUUUAUCAGGUGGUGGAAUACAGCGAGAUCACUUUGACCACGGCAGAAAAACGCAGCUCAGACGGACGACUCAUGUUCAAUGCUGGAAACGUGGCCAACCACUUCUUCAGCUUCUCCUUCCUCAAAGACGUCGUCGAGAAGUAUGAACCGAAGUUGCAGCAUCAUGUAGCACAGAAGAAGAUCCCCUAUGUGGAUGAGACGGGGCAAAUAAUCAAACCAGACAAACCUAAUGGGAUCAAAAUGGAGAAGUUUGUCUUUGAUAUCUUCCAGUUUGCCAACUCGUUCGUCGUGUUUGAGGUGCUGAGAGAGGAUGAGUUCUCUCCCUUGAAGAACGCGGACAGUCAGGACGGUAAAGACAACCCGACCACGGCUCGACAGGCCCUCAUGUCGCUGCACCACCGCUGGGUCCUCACCGCCGGCGGACACUUCAUCGAUGGCAACGGCACACGUCUCCCAGCCAUCCCCAGAGACGACGAAAGAGUCAAUCCCGGUGUCAACAGAAACCUGAAGGACGGCACUGAUCUACCAAUCAAAUGUGAGAUCUCCCCUCUGGUGUCUUAUGGAGGCGAGGGUCUUGAAGAUUUGGUGAAAGGACAAGAGUUAUCAGCGUUGGGGCUGAUUAUCGACGAAAGAGGCGUGCACCAACUCGCGGAGAAUGUAAACGGACUUUAA